CCGACGACUGGUAACUUUUAUUCUUUCCUCUUUCGUGUUUUAUUUUCUUAUUUGUUACCCUCAUUUCAUACAUAUUCUUUUAAUUGUGCAUUUGCUUGUGGCUGAAACUUUAGUUUUCCAAUUUUUACUGUGAUAGCAUUCAAUUCUUCCUUGCAAAUUCUGGACGAAUGUGAACUUCAAGUAACGUAGCUUGUUGGCUUACGACUUCUCUGUGUUGAUUGGAACUUUGAACAUUCUGCUUGAAAUGAAAUAUUCCCUAUUCCUAUACAUACACAGCAUUAUCACUAUGUAAUAGUCGCAGAAAUUAAGCCGAGGCAGAUCUAAACAUGCACCGAUUAGAAGAAAUGAAAGUCUGGCAGAAGGAGCAGCAGAGUAAGUUACUCAAUGGACAACAGCAGGAAGAAAAAGACUUUCUGGAAGCACAAAAAAAACAAAUUCUGAAUCUCCUUAGCCUCAAUGAACGGAAUCAUUCACCAAAUCUUGAGGAUGGCAGUUCAAUGGACUCAAAAGUAUUGGACUACUCCCAGACCUCGGAAGAGAUUCUAAAUUUUAAUCCCAGCACCAACUAUGACUCAGAGGAGAGUCGGAAAAACAGAAUUAAAUACUUAGAAGCUUUACUCAAUGAAUGUUACCAUAAAAAGGCACUUUUAGAAGAAAUGCCUAUCUCGUCAUCUGGUCAAGACUAUGAAAAGCUCCUUGAGAUGAGUCUCUCACAGAACAAAGAAAAUAAUCCUUACGAAGAACAGGAAGCUCAACUAGAAAUGAUAAACUCUAAACCAAAGAAGCCAUUCUUAAGAAGAGGGGAAGGACUUGCUAGAUUCAACAUGACACCAGAGGAUUUUAAAAAACCGGUCAAGAUGAACUUUUACCGCACCCGGAGCCAUGCUGCUUUACGGAACACUCAAAGUAGUGUUACCACUAGCAACAAGCGCAGUACACCUGUAAGGAGUAAACCUCCGCCCCCACAAAAGUCGAGGCAAUCUACAACCACAACAGUUUUCAAGAAUGCUAGGAUGCAGCCAUCAAUUUUGAAGUCCUCGCAGAGUGCUCCCACUACAAGUUGUACCAAAACUGCACAAAAAAUGAAUGCUCUCUCUUCUAUUUUGAAAAAACCCACAAAUCCUCCAGUAUUAAGUCAACGAGAGAACCAGUCGUCUUCUGUACCUUGUGAUGAGUACAAACAAAAGAAGAAAGAAGAAAAAGAACUGAGGGUGUUUGAAAUCCUUGAAGAAAAAGUUGGGGAGGCAAGUUUUUGUUCCACAUCAUCAACAAUCGCCCAGUUGAUGGAUGAUUCAGUGAAGGUAACGCCCUCAAAAGAAAAUAAUGAUAUCAACCAAAGAAGGGAAGGAACAGUUGUCAACCAUCCAGGAGGCGAGAAAGUAGCAUCGAAACAAAAUCUACAAUACCCGGAAGCUGAACUCAAUGAUGACACUGAAGUAGGGGAUGAUGAUGGCUGGACGGAUAUUAGCUCUGAUGAGGAGUCUGGGGAAACUGACAAGGCGAGCUUUAGCUCAGAUGAUGGUGAACGAUUAUGCAGUCCUCCGCCCAACUUCCAGAAACAUGCUCAUUUCAAUGAUGAUAUUAUCUACCAAAGAGCCUCUGCGCCCUGUUUACCUACUUCUAAAGAGGAUCCUCCCCUGAAAAGUGCUCUCCGCCCAUCAGCAAGUUUACCCAGCCAAGAUGCUGCUUUACCAAAAACCAGUGGCACUCGUCCACAAUCCUCUGCUCUUAAUUCAAUAACACAGAAAGAUUUUGAAGAUCUGGGUCUUAAAUUCCAGCCUGAAAAUUUACUCCAGAACUUGAUGAAAGAUCAGAGCUCAUUAUAUGAAAAAUAUAAUCCGUUAAAGAAACAAGCUGACUGUACAAAUUUUAAGACCGAGUUACUACAACAGAGGUUAGAGGAUCUUGAAAAGGAGUUACAAGUGUUUCGGAAGGAGAAUGCAAAGUUGUUGCAACAGAAGCAAGAGUUAGAAUCAGAGCGAGCUACAUUUAAAAAACAAAAGCGGGAGUUCGAGACCAGGGUGAAGAAGUUUCACGAGGAAGAUGAAGCGCGACUAGCAGAGGAACGUAAAAAGUUGCAGAAAGAACGACUGGUCUUUGAGAGGUACACGAAAGAAGUGCGGAGUAAACCAAGUAAGCAGGAGCAAGAAGAGAUCAAGAUGCUUAAGAAUGAGGUUGCAGAAUUGAAAAAAGAAUUGGAACGCAAAGAGGGUAAAUGGGGAUCAACUUUAGCUCGACUUCGCAACCAAAUGAAAGUAAUGGAGAAGGAUAAUAAUCACCUCAAAGAGGAAGUAAUCACUUUGCAGAAAGGGUCAGCACAGAAACAGCUAAUUUCAAAAGGCGUGAAACUGGCUGACGGCAUGAUGAACACUAAAAUUAUCCAUGCAAUCAACAAACAGCUUAGCAACCUCACUCCAGAAGAUAUUGAAGAGCUUUUGGAUAAGCGCGAACAAAUCCUUAAGAAACCUCAAAUCAUUAACAAGCCCUCUAACCUGAAAACAGUGAAGAAACGACGCGAAUCGACCCUCAAGAACUGCAAGGACCCUGAGAAAGUUCAAAAAAGAGUUCAGAUCAACAUUCAAAACGAGAGCGAUACUCCAGACUCAGAUGAUAAAGAUCCAAUCCUUGAAGCUGUUCGAAAACCUGUCCUCAAAGCUGUUUACCCAGAAGAAGAUGUCGUAUUGAAACAGUAUGAGGAUGAUUUCUUCACUAAAAAGGAUACAUCCCCAUUAAGGCAAACUUUUGAGUCGAAAGUGGAAGGCGAUAUUAUUGAUUGCAUUUCAGUUGAUGGCAACCGCGAGAAAAUCUACCCUGAUGGUAGAAAAGAAAUCUGGCUCCCAAAUGGGAACGUCAAAAAAAUCUCACCAGAUGGGAACUUGAUCAAAAUUAUCUACUACAAUGGUGAUGUGAAAGAGAUGGUGGUUGCUGAAAAUUUGACCAAGUACUACUAUGCUGCAAGCAAGACUUGGCACACAACUUACGGCGAUGGAUUAGAGAUUCUUGAAUUUUCCAAUGGACAAGUUGAAAAACGACUGACGGAUGGUACCGUAGAGAUCUCUUUUCCCAAUGGAAGUUCCCGCAAAAUCUUUCCUGAUGGAUUGGAAGAAUGGACUUUUAGUGACAAGUCAGUCCUGAAAACCAACAAGAAAACUGGUUAUAGAAUGUUAGAGCUGCCAAAUGGACAGAAAGAAAUCCAUACCUCCGAGUAUAAGAAGCGAGAAUUUGCUGAUGGCACCGUGAAACUAGUCUAUCCUGAUGGGACGCAAGAAACUCGUUAUGCUAACGGUAGAAUCCGGCUGAAAGAUAAGAAUGGUAAACUGAUUAUGGACUCAGAUGUUAAGUUAGCCUAAUUUUAUAUCUCCUCAGGGAUCAUUUCACAUCUGUGGAGUCCUUGUUUCCUCAGGUAUUCCUUAAAUGCAUCUCGUACAAAAAACAAGCUAAUUUUGUUUGGUACCAUCAUCACUUUAACGCACGUGCACAGUUCAAUGAAUGAAAUUAAGGAGUUCGUUUUUUAGUACAGAAUAGGAAUACAUGGUGUUCACAUCUUUUAGAGUUCAGAAGUUGCUUAGGCACUACUUUUGCAAGUUAGUUUUAGCAAUGAAGCACAUGGGAGGUGGAUAGGAUUUUCAGCGUUUUUGUAAAACUGUAAGCUGUAAGUCCUCAUUUAAGAUUUUUAUAAGGGGAGAGGAGAGUGCUGCUCUCAAGCCAGAACUUAUAUCCUUUUAUCAUUCUCAGGCUCCAUCGGGAAACCUGUUACCAGUAGUGACCUAAUUUAAUGUUACUCGGGUUUAGUGAAAAAAAAUUCUGUGAGAUAUGAUGUAAUAAGUCAUUAUUUUUAGACAAUCCUUAAAUCUCAAAUAACAAGUUAUGUGAAUUUUUUAAUUUUGUACGUAUAACUAGGCAUAUGACUGCCAAAUGGAAUUAUAGACGAGGGGGAAAGACGGGGUGUGCUCUAGAAAGCUGUAUCAGGAACAGAAUGAAAGUAUGCGUCAUUUCCUUUGGGGAAAUGAAAAAGCGGCAUUUUACAUUCUGUCUAACAGAACUAUGUGCUAAUUGAAUGCUGCAAUCAUGAGCCAUGGGCAUGGGAAAAGAGCAUUGUGGACAGGGUUCAUGAGUUAAAGAGCACUCCCGUGCCCUUGUGCUUCCCGUCGUCGCCGCUGACAUCACUGGCGCUUUAUAAUUCCCAUUCAUUCUCAUGGCCCUCGACUAACAAGCACACCCCUUUUUCCCACCUGUCUCUGGUUCCUUUUGGUAGAAAUACGUUCAACCAAUCAGAUACAAGAAUCAUGAGAGGCAUUCAUGUUGAAUCAUUUGAGUUCUUGACUUUUGACCAUUUACACAAAAUGUACCUUAGCCGAGGGAGGUAAGAUUUUCAUUAAAGCUAUUUUUGUAAAGUCGGGUAGAAAAAUUGGAUUUUAAGAUUUCUUAUAUAUUUUUUGGAAGAUUCUCUCUAGUUACUUCAGAGUAAAUUGCAAGUAUCUUAGUUUAUUUUUGUGCCAGUAGAGGGCAUCAAGUCAUAUGAUAAUUCGCCAAUUUCAUACCCUAAAUGUAGCAGAUGAGACUUUCAUACAGCUUUUUAUUUUUUUAAAACUAUGUUCAUUGAAUCGCUAUACCUGAGGUUUUUUUGGUACAUUUUUGGACGGCUUUUUGUACAAAAUGUUCUAAGAAUAUUUCGUUAUUCUAUGAUGUAUGUAAAUAAUUCAAGUUUGAGUUUUAUCAGUCUUUCUUAUGGACGGUCACACGAGUGUAUUGAAAUUUCAACAAUUUUCCUAAAGGCUCACCUUCCCUUGAUUUGCUGAUUGCUGAACACAGGCUUUCAAUCCUCCCUAAGACAAUCAAAUCACUUUAAGAGGAUCUUUCCAAGCUGAAGGGUUGAGAAUGAAUUCGCAGAUUUUUAAAUAUUAGUGCCUUUGCACCAGUUUUUUUAUGGUAGUUUUAUAGCAUUUAGUUUUUUUGUUGCUCUCGUACCAAUAAGCAUUUUAUACGCCUUCCACAGGGUGAUCAGAAAGUCUUAUCUUCACCACCUCACUAAAUUAUUUACUCAUUGAGCUAUUGAGCUGAGCAAGAAUUUUGAAAAUAUCUCCCUAAGGAGGAGCUUUUUAUCUUUCCUCCAAAUAAUAUCAACCCUCAUCUUGUAAUACAUCAAUAAAAGAAGUACGAGUAUUUAAGAAGAAAAUUGGCACAAGUUCAAGGUUUCAUCUCAAAAUGUUACAACUUGAUAAAUUAUGCAGAUUUGCUUCCAAUUUGAUAUCUUGGUUUUUUUUGGAGUGCUUAACAUCAAUUUGAUGCUGGUUUUUCAAAAUACCCAAUUCCAUUCUAAUAGUGGCCAAAAAUUGUGGAAAACCGGUAUUUGUUUUCAAUAAAAGGCUGUAAUCUUGGAAAGGAUUGAAGGUUUGGACAAAUUGUCUUAAUCAUAGUUAGCAUUUCGAAAAGACCCUCAUUCUGCAAUUCUGCAACAAACUCAUCAAGAAUUCGGAAGAACAGUGGUCUCCUGCCACUUUAAAAAGUCAUUUUGAAAAGGAUUGGGUAUUCAAGAAAAUUACAUGGAAAAUAAAUUAUUUGCUGAAUUCCACACUGGGAUGUUGAAAAUCUACACAACUAUUCUAGAAUGUUAACAUGACAGCUCUAGCUGUUAAUGUAAUGUUCUGAUAUGUUGUUGUUCUGAAUCAACAACUAAAGCGAUUAGUUCCCAUCAAUAUUCCAGGGUUAUUGGGGAAGAUUAUUAAAGUCCCAGGAUGGUAGUUCAGUAAUUUUAUUCCCCAUAUAGCCUCAAAUUCGUGUUAAGCGUUGAAAAAAAAAACAAAAAAAACUUCAAUCAAUUACGAAACAAAUCUGUUUCUCCCCAGUAGGGGGAGUGGUUCCUUUUGACCUAGGAAUACUCAAAAGCUCCAGGUCAAGUCCAGUUCCAAAGUUUCACUUCAAUAGCUUGACCAGUGAAUAAGUCAUCAUGUUGGUGGGAGACUUUCGGAUAGCCCUGUAUAAGCUCUCGGCGCUUUGCCCAUAAUGUACAAUACAAAAGCUGUUGCUGAUUGAAUUUUUAAAUUAAAUUUUUAAAUUUUUAUACACAA